AUGGACAUCUCCAGUGUGGAUAGUACCAAAAAAGGAGGAUGCUUCAGACUCUUAUGUUGCUGCCAAGGCCAGAAUAUUUCAAUAUCCAGUUUGGAAAACAUUCCAAUAGUCGCAUUUAACAGAGGCAACGCGAGAGUAGCAAUUGGGAAUAAUUAUUACAUACACCAUUUCAAUGUAUCAUCCAUCCAACACGAAAUUAGAAUAUUAUCGGCAGAAUUUAGUUCUCUAGAAGUAACCCAAUUUACAACAAUUAUAGAACAAGAAUUCACUAACGCAAAGGAUAUGCUUAAAAAUACGUUCCCGAUCCAUAGAAGCAAACGAUGGGACGCAAUAGGCACGGUUUGGAAGUUUAUCGCAGGAAGUCCAGACGCUGAAGAUUUAAGACUAAUAAAUUCUACAAUUAACGACCUGAUAAACAACAAUAAUGUACAAGUAAAAAUCAACAACGAUCUCACACUUCAGCUAACGGAGACACUAGGAAGAAUAAAGGAAGCGCUAAAAUUUUCUCGAGACUCCUCGGUAGACCUUUUUUCGAUAAAUAUUCUCCUAAACCUUAAAUACCUUUCGGAAAAGUUAGGCCUGGUUACUGAUAGUAUAGCUUUAGCAAAAUUAGGAGUAACGAAUUCACGCAUAUUAAAUAGGAAAGAAAUAGAUUUACUAAUAAGCGAUUUAAGAAAACAAGACCUCCCGAUACAUACAGUUACAGAAGCAUUGUCAUACACAAGUACAAAAAUUGCCACCAACAAUAAUGAAAUACUGUUUAUAAUUAGUUGUCCUAGGCUUACAAACGAUUAUUAUAAGAAAAUCGAAAUUUAUGCGGUAACUAAUAACGAUAAGAAAAUUCAUGUUCCCAACCAAUAUUACCUUUCCCUCAAAUCCCAAUUUUUCAUCAUACCCAAUGUUAAAAAACUCAUAUACGAUAUCAAAGACUUGCAACGAGACAACGGCAAAUGCACACCCGCAUUACUUCAAGGAGAAUCAGCCGCUUGCGAUUACGUGUCAAAUCCAGCAAAGACUGAAAUCAUCCAUUUAGAUAUGAAUCAUCUAAUAAUCGAUGCAGUCAGCACCUUCACAUUGAAAACCACUUGCGGCGUUAAAAAGAGAAACUUAACUGGUUCAUUUCUAAUAACCUACGAGACAUGCAAUAUCUUCAUCAACGAAAAACUGAUCUCCAACAAUAAGACUGAAAUGGUCGGAUCACCAUUGAAUCUGCCAAUUUACGGUAUCAAAGUAUCGCCACAAAACCCCAUCAUCAAUUUAAGUCUAGAACACCUACAUUCAUUGCACAAAGAACUUAGAAAUGAAAUGAAGGAAAUCAGAUUAGAAACCAACAGCAUCACAUGGAACGGAUUUCACACGAGUAUAAUCAGUUUACCCGUGCUACUGAUUAUCAUCAUCGGUAUCUACCUCGGUAUAAAACUUUGGAAAGGAAGAAUGGUCAUCAACAUUCAUGAACCACCAGCACCCAACAACGAGCUCAAUGAGAAUAGCUACAACCCGCCUACAAUGAUGCAUGUGUUUCGUACGGAGCCUCAAAUCUAAGGGGGGGGCGAGUUAACGGAUGUUUACCUGAUCAUAACAGCCAUACUGAAGCAACACCCGACCAUUCGAGGAAUGUUCGUCGUCGUUUACCUGAUCAGGUCAACCAUCCUGAAACAAUACAACCAGUCGCCUCGCAUCUGCUAAGGACUUCGUCGCCAAUCCGGGAUUCCCCGUAAUUACGUCUCUACUGGCAGCCUACCUAGCAUCUACAAUGUUCGUCGCCAACCGUCACCGACAACCGACAUCGUCCUUACCUACAACAACCGAUAUCGUAUACCUGCGACAAAUACAUAGAGAUUCUAUGUAUCCUCCC